CAGUGAAUGAAAUAGCUGGCUGAGCUUCCUGCGCCGCCCAGCUCCAGCUAUCCCGAGGGAUUCAGGACUUUACGGCAUGUCCAAAGUGCACAGGGGUUCCCACGGAUGUCGGGCCAUGGUAAUAGCAAGAAGGUACCUGUCGAGCCUGCCCCCCUCGGUGCUGACGCGAACCUCCAGCCAGAGUCAGCGGAAAAUGUUCAUUCAACAGCACCGCAUGGUAAGCUGUAACGUAGCCGGCACCGAAGGAAAACCCGCGGCUCUGGCCCAGCAAGAGCACAAGAGAUAUGCAUCCGCCGCGGGACGACACGUGAAGACCAACCGGAAUCUGAUUUAUCGGGAUGUGAAAGCUUUUCUUAAUGAAGUCGGCGGGGAUCCCCGGGAGGCUCGGUACUGGCUGACCCAGUUCCAGAGAGCCACUUCGGCUCAGUCUCCUGCCUUUGCUGUACUGGAGGUGGACAGCUCAGCGUUUGUCAGCAGGGAAAUGGUUCAGAGUCUGGCCUUUGGCCUGUCCUUCCUGCAGCGGAUGGAUAUGAAGCCUGUGGUGGUUAUGGGCUGGUCAGAUCACCAGGAGACGGGGCUCACUGAACCAGCAUUUGACUCUGGGUGCACGCAAGGGCUAGUGCAUCGGUGCCAGCAGCUGACUGAGGCUCUGCAGCAGCACUCGGCCACCGUCCUGCCGUUCUUCUCUGCAGAGUCCUUCCUGCUUCUGCAUGAAGCACCACAGGGAAGCAGUGCUCCUCCCUCCAUUUCUAUGGACACCAGCCUCCUCCAGUGGAGUUUGGACUGCGGGACAAUCCCAUUGGUUUGUCCGGUGGGAAGGGACGGGCGUGGUUGCUCGGUAGUGUUGGACCCAACGGAAGUGACGGCAGUAAUUUCGGAAGCCUUGCAGCCGCACAAAGUCAUGUUCCUGAACAACCUGGGGGGCCUGCACAGCCAAGAACACAAGGUUCUUGGCACAGUGUCGUUGCCCGCUGACCUGCCUGGCCUGUCCAUGGCGAUGUGGUUGAGUGCGGCAGAGCGCCGGAGAGUGACCACCAUAGCCAGACUUCUCAAUCGGUUGCCGGCCGAAUCCUCUGCUGUGAUCACAUCAGCAAACACGCUGCUGACCGAGCUGUUCAGCCACAAAGGCUCUGGAACACUUUUUAAAAAUGGAGACCCCAUACACCGGUACAGGUCUCUGGAUGGGAUCGAUGUAGAGCGUCUGUUGGCGCUCAUCAACAAGUCGUUUGAGAAAACUUUGAAGCAAGACUACAUCGACUCUCUGAAAGGACGGCUGCAAUCCAUCUACCUUUCUGAGGGGUACAGCGCAGCAGCCAUCAUCACCAUGGAGCCGGUGAACAGCGGCACUCCGUACCUCGACAAGUUUGUGGUGAGCAGCAGUAAGCAGGGCCAGGGCACCAGUCACAUCCUCUGGGAGUGUAUCCGACAGGACCUGGGCAAACUCUUCUGGAGGUCUAGAGCCACCAACAAAAUUAACCCCUGGUAUUUUAAGCAUUGUGAUGGCAGCUUUGUUAACGGGAUAUGGACUGUGUUCUGGUUUGGCCUGAGGGACAUCAGAGAUUCUUACGAGCUGGUGGAGUACGCCAAGAGCCUUCCCGAUUCGUUCCACAGCGCUCCCGCCUCCUCCCAGCAGCCGCCUCCACCUGCUGCGGGAUCCUGAAUCAUGUGCUUUACAGUUGCUCAUUUUGUAGCUCUUCAACCUUGAAGAAUUAUUAACAUUAUCAUUUUCAGCUCUAAAGUCCUGGAGUUCAGUUCUAAACCAUCAAAUACUGUGUUCAGUUUUGCUCCAGCUGGAGAUUUCUGGAGUUUUUUCCAGGUUUUUUUCUCUACCAUGAAACCAGAAGCUACAGUGCUGUGAAGUGUUUCCCACAGAAGGGGAAAUUGACAAAUGUGCAUCAAGGCGACUGUUUGACGUGAUUUGG